AUGUUCUCAAACCCUAAAGAUACCGAUCGUAUCGCUACCGCUCUCGCAAAUGAAGGGAUCCGAUGGAAUAUGAUCCCACCGCGCGCCCCCAACUUCGGCGGCUUAUGGGAGGCCACGGUGAAGGUGGCAAAAAAACAUUUGCUUCGUCAGUUAGGCAGCACCUCUCUACUGUACGAGGACUUGGUCACGAUACUGUCGCAAGUAGAAAGUGCGAUAAACUCUACCCCAUUAACACCAUUAUCGGAGGAUCCUAACGACUUCAAAGCCAUCACGCCAGGCCAUUUUUUGGUCGGCUCACAACUCCAAGCUCUACCUCACCCAGACAUGAUGGACGUUCCAGUGAACCGGUUGAGGAACAGAUACCAGAUUAUCCAGCAGAAACAACAGCAGUUUUGGUACCACUAG